CCGGCUGGUUGGUGGUUGGUUCACUCGAUCCGUGGCCCCGGGCACCGUACUUUCGAUCCGCCAACGGUGUCGCGUCGGUAUCGGAAUCACGCGCUCGGCGUACUGGUGUUAGUGUGUGUCUGUUUUUUGUUUUUGUUUCCUUGUUUCCUUGUUGUUGUUGUUGUUGUUGUGGAGGGACGCGACCAUCAACCGUGCAUCAAUCAGCAACAUCAGCAACGUGGCCCCCUCCGCGUCGUCGUCGUCGUCGUCGUCGUCGUCGUUAUCGUUACCCUUGCUGCUCUCUUUUGCUGCUUUGCACCACCCCCCUUUUGCACCCUCGAUACUCGACACCAAGUGAUCGAACGCGGUGCUAGAACGCGUGUCCACCAGCAUGUCACGCUACGCUAGGGAGGACCCUCGUUCGAUAUUCUUCGGAGGCAGCCCAGGCAGGGUCACCCCUUCCUCGUUGGCCACCCGGACAUCGACCACGGUGGACAGGGAGGUGCCCCCGUCCGGUGACAGCACCGAAGCCCAGCCGGCACCGGUCGUACGCAUCAUUCCGAUCCUGUAUCCGGCACAGCCGGCCCGGCUCAUCGGGAACAGCACCGGGUACGGGGCGAAGGCGGCACCCAACGAACCACCGACCGUCACCGACGAUGCUGUUCGUCCGAGCGCGGCGACGGCGAGUGGCGUGAGAAGUCAACCGGCAACUGGCUACUCGUACAACCCUUACAAACCACCUCCCCCACCAACAACCGGCAACAGUGAAGCGGCAGCGGCAGCGGCAGCACCACCACCGCGGAAUCGGCCACCGAAUGGCACCGGAGGAGCAGCAGCAGCAGCAGCGCCGUGUGGCGGAGGCGUCAGCAGCGGUGGUGGCAUACUGAAGCCACCCUACACACCCUCCCCUAGCACUGUACCGCACGCAUCGCGUGUCUCUUUCUCCACGCGACCUGGUGCUCCGUCUGCCAGCCGCGGCAGCCACCAACCACCACCACCACCAGCAGCAGCAGCAGCAGCAGCAGCAGCAGCCCCGUCACCGUCACCGCCCGUCCUCGAGGACGAGCCAGUGGUGGAGGAGACCACCGCUGCUCCAAUGGCCAGUGAACCCGGUAGUAGCAGCAGCAGCAGCACCACCGCCGGUGGUGGUGGUGGUGGUGCGGCCAAUGGAGUGCACAAAGCCGGCCACCAUCGCAGCACCACCAGGACGCAACAGGAGAGCGGUGCAGCGGCACCGUGCGGUGGUUCGAGCCGGGUGCAGCUCGCCCUCUACGGUUGGCGGAAGAAGUGCCUGUACGCGCUCAUACUGCUCCUCACGAUCAUGAUCAUCAUCAAUAUGGCGCUCACGCUCUGGAUCAUGAAGGUGAUGGAGUUCUCCUCGAACGGUAUGGGCCAGCUGAAGAUAGUGCCGGGCGGUAUUCAGCUGACCGGGCAGGCGCUAGUGCUGAACACGCUCCGUGCCUCAUCGAUCCGCUCGAAGCACGGUCAACCGAUCUCCAUCGAAUCAUCGCGCAACCUGAGCGUGAACACGCGGAGCGCGCUCGGGACGCUCGAGAACCAGCUGUUCCUCGGCCAUGACCGGUUGGAGGUGCUGGCUAACCACUUCCGCAUCACCGACACCCACGGUACCAACCUGUUCGCGGUCGACCGGGACGAGGUGAUCGUCGGUGCUGGUUCGCUGCGCGUCGAGGGCGAAGGUGGCGUCAUCUUCCGUGACUCCAUCCAGACGCCGCUCGUGCGUGCCGACGCGGGCAAGGAUCUCAAGUUGGAGUCGCCGACGCGCUCGCUGGAGGCGCGCGCCACGCAGGAGAUCUUCAUUCAGUCGCGGGCCGGCGGCAUCGAGACGACCUGCCUCAAUGACCUCAAGCUGCAUUCGGUUGCCGGAAGCAUUCGCCUCGACGGCAGUGCCAUCUACAUGCCCAACCUGAAGACGGUCCAGGGGACCGGGGUCGGUGGUCUCGGUUUGUCGAGCUACACCACCUCGUCCUCUUCCUCCUCCUCGUCGUCGUCGUCGUCGUCGUCGUCGUCGUCGUCGUCAUCACUCCUUUCAUCCACUGGGUACGGUGGGCGGGGUGGUGCCGGAGGGGAGUUUGGUGGUGUGGGCGCAGCCAGUGCCACCGCCGCCGGCACCAAGAUCUACCAGCUGUGCGCCUGCUCGAGCGGUAAGCUCUUCCUGGCUGCACCCAACAGCAUCUGUUCCGCCGACGAUACCGCGGUCUGCCGGUAAUGUAAUGAGGGAAGGGGCUCAUAGCCCCGCCACACCCUCACAGACCCCCACCCCGCUCUGUGUGUGACCAGAGUGCUGGCAGCAGCAGCAGCAGCAGCAACAGUCGACCAACCUUCAGUAGAGUCCAGGUGCUGCGUGCAACAAAUGUAAAGUCCUUCCUCCCCUCAAACACCUACCAACACACACACACGCACAUAGACACACACAGUCACACUAACAGACAGGGCCGAAAAGACACUAACAUGAGCUUAAAACCAAUAUCUGCAUCUCCGGCAAAUUUGGGACAGUUUUAGGGGUUUAAGUUAAUUACCGAUUAAAUGUGCAAGCAACUUAGAAACUGGGGGGGAACGGGAAAGGUGUUAGUACAUACCGAAAUGCAUCCCUUCAACCCAGAUAGCUAAAACAUUGAACUCCCUCCCCAUAAAAUUAUGCAUUGUUUUUUUUUUUUUU